CUUUGACCCGGCUGAGGAAGGCAGGCGUCUCGGACAUAAAACAAGAGCCUGGCUCUUGCCAGGUUAUCAGAAUUGCACUGAAGCUGCAGAAGGACGGCGCUUCGACCGCCUGAAAUCUAGUGGAGUGGAAAUCCUGCUACUAGAGGUUUAAAGAAGAGUCCACGCCGAGACUGGUAGGUGGGGCAGAGACCAGGAGCCGCUGGUCCCCCACCCACGUGUGGUGGGUCAGAAUCGGGGAGGAUAGCUCGGCUGCAGAGGUCUUCCCAGAGGAGUGAGGGGUCGCAGCCCCGCACCAGGCCCCCAGCCCAGGGUUCCAGUGUCUGGAAGAGAAGUCCCCAUAACUUCCGGCUGCAAAAACCAGCGGGACUUGGAGGCUGAGGGGGACUGAAACGCUGCCGGAAUCGCGGGCUGUGCCCCUUAAAGGGCCGGCGCUCGGACUUAAUCGGACUCGCUAGCUCUGAGUUCCAGCGCCGGGAGAGCAGCUCAAAGGGCGCCAGGGACAAGUGAGAAGGAACUGAAUUAUCUGGCGUCAGGACGAGAGCUGGGGCCGGGAAGCUCUCUCUCAGACAAAAGUGCUGGCGGACGCCAUUGUUCUUUGAUGAGCCCUUCCUCCACAGAGCUGGCUGGCGGGCGCCAUAUCUGAUUCUCCGCCCCACCCAAUUUCUGGCCUACCCAAACCGUUUGCUGUGGCUUUGCCAUAAGAAUGGUCUCUCUUCACUAAAGACUUUGCUAAAAUCUCUCAAAGGAGCAGCAGCUGGCCGCAGCGUGCCUCGUUCCUCUUGCUACUUGGCCCCAGGCCCAGCACUAGCUGCAGCUAGCUGUGGUUUGCAGCUCGGCCUCUCCUGGGUACCUCCCAGCCCAGCCCAGCCCAAAUACCAGCCAUCUGCACAUUGCUUUGCAGCUCUAGUCCGGUGCACUUAGGAAGAACACAGGUAGCCGUUGACUUUGGCCUGCAUCUCCCAGGAGGCCCCAGAGCCAGUGCACCCAGUGGACAGCUUCAGAUCACGUCAAAGCACACCUUAACCUCCUCCACGGGGGACAUGCUCAAGGGGUGAACUGAGUGGGCAGCAGAGCCCUGCUGAAGGAGGUCCUACUCUGUCAGUGGGGCCCCUGCACAGCUGGUCUUAUUUGGUGGUGGCAGGCAGUCCUUGCAGCCAACUGGCCUGGGUGUAAACUCCCCCCUUUCACGUGCCACCAGCAAGCAAGGCUCCACUGCAACAGGAGAGUGUGCACCUGGAGUGCCCAGCUUGGGUGACUGGGGAGGCUGAGCCACUGGAGCCUGCAGGACACCUGCUGCCUUAGGCCACUCUCCCAAGCCCAGGAGACAAGCAGCUCUACCUGAUACUUGGAACCAAACACAGGGCAGCUGCCAACUUGAGGAAACAAACAUGAGUGAAAGAAAAGAAGAGAACAAAGCUCUGGAAAAAGAACUCAACAAAAUGGAGACAAGAAAUUUACUAGAUGCAGAGUUCAAAACACUGGUUAUAAGUAUGCUCAAUGAACUGAGGGGGAGAGUAGAUGAACUCAGAGAGAAUUUCAAUAGCAUAAAAAAGGACAUGGAAGCAAUGAAAAAGACUCAGAACACAGUGUCCCCUGGUCAGGGCCUGGUGCCAACUGUGCAGUCUGGGGCUCCGCCCUCAGAAGACACAAUGGCUCAAGAAGGGGUGAGUGGCCCUUCCCCGGGCCAGUUAGGGGUCUUGGCCCUCGGUGGGCAGCAAUUGGCCUCGAACAAACCCAUGGUCUGGAAUGGGGUCCUUGAGUGGCACAAGAAGCCCAAACCUGGCUAUGUGGACCCCAGCUCCAGGGUGAUGCGGUCAUUGCCUUGCCAGGUUUUCGUGAAGCACAGUGAGAACUUGAAAACAGAGCUGUGGCCCCAGAAGCUAUACAUGCAUCUGUUUCCGCAGCAACUGCUGGCUACACUGGGCCCUGUGUUCCGCAACUCAAGGAUGGUCCAGUUCCAUUUCACCGAGAAGGACCUGGAGUGCCACCGAGACCUCUACCGUGUCUUGCGCAAUGGUUUUGUGGGCUGUGUGCACUUCCCCCGCACGGCCCCCUGUGAAGUGCGAGUGCUUAUGCUCCAGUAUUCAUCCAAGAAGAGGAUCUUUGUGGGUGUCAUCCCCAACGACCAGAAGGCCUUUGUCACUGGUCUUCGUCAGGCCAUCAUCAACUACAAGCAGGUUCAGCAGCAGAAGCUGGAGCAGCAGAGCGGGAUGGGGGCGUAGACGGCACCCUGCCCCGUGCUGGGGCCCAUUCUGGAGGACCAGGCCAGGACCUUGCAGAAUGUGCUCAGGCACUGCCUAAGACCCUCCUGGAGCAGCUGCACAAACCUGGACCUGUCCCUCCCUGGACCUGCCUUUGGGCCCCAGAACCAACUAACUGCGGAGCCUCCUCUUCACCCCAUUGCUGCCCCAGAUCAGAGUGCCCCCACCACAGGCCUCCCUCCCCCAUCUCUGCCAGCAGGGGCUUCUACAUUGCUGCCCCCAUUGCACCUGGGCCUGCUCCAUUUGGAGGGAGUCAGGGUGAGUGGGUUCCUGAUCCCCAAGCUUAGCAGCACCUGACCUUGUAGUAGAGCCCACCAGGAAGCUGUCCAGGCCAGGCCUGGGUGGGCAGUGGAUGCAGGAGCGGGCCACAGCUGGGUGGUUUGUACUGUCAAAACUCAUAGAACUGUAUAGCAAAGAAGGUAAAGUUGACUGUAAAUUUUAAAAGAAAAAUGUAUAAAGCACUUAAAAAAGAAUCCUGAUGGUGGAAAAGCACUGUCGGGUAUCGAGAACAAUCCUUGCAAAGACCUGGAGUGGGAAGUGCUUUUUCUGGGGGUCUACCUUACCCUCACUGGUCUUGGGCCACCAGACAUUCACUGCUGGCCAGGUGUAGGGGCCGGGCCAUAGCCUGCAGGAGCCCCGGAACCUGCCCACCUCGUGGCCAUGUAGCACUGACUUCCUGUUACUCUGGACUCAAUUGAGGGCACCAGCCCAGACUGCAGAGCAGUGAAGAAGCACACGUGUGUCUCAUCGUGCCAAUGUGAUAAAAAAAAAAAGUCUUUGCAAACAGGUGGCACAAGUAUUAGCAGAAUAUGUGCACCACCCUUCAGCUCAUGUGGUUUACCUUCCACAAAUGGGCUGGGGGAUGAUGGUGGUCACCCCUAUGUGGGGACCCAGCUGAGUACCCCACAGGCAGUUUUGGGGACGCAGUGUCUAGACUCCAACCAAGUGGUCACCCCCUUUUUCUCCCUGGCAUGUGUCCCAGGACUUGGGGGUCCAAGGAUUCCCUAGUACCAAAAGGACUCUGCCUCUGUUUUCCCUGCUUCCAGUGCAGGGACAAACCAAAGCCACUGGGGGAUGGCUGAGACCCCUCCACACUGGGUCUCUCGGCUGCCGGGCAAGGCCAGGACUGGGAGCUGGGUGUCACUGGCCAGAGUGGGAGCCCAGGCUGGGCUGUCCCUUACUGAACCCUCCCCCUCCUCCCUCUUUCUUCCUUUCCCUUCCCCCUCUCUCCUCUCCUUUUUCUUCCUAGUUCCUGCAGAAUAGUUUUUAAAUUACUUAAAUUUUUGAGUAGGAAAUAGAACAUAACUCAGCUAUUUUUUUGGCUGUUUAAAGGUAUAUAGUGGAAAGUCUUCAUCCCAGAAAAAUAACAAAUUCCCAAAUUGAGCAACAUUCUAUAAAAUCCCUGAUGUGUCCUUAAAAAUUGUCAAGGUCAUCCAAACAAGGAAAGCCUGAGUGUCACAGCAGAGGGAGCCCAGGGAGAUGUGACCACUCCGUGUGAUGUGGCCCUAGAGCACACAAAGGGCAUUUGGGGAAAAUAAGGAAAAUCUGAGGAUGGACUUAAGUCAGUGACCUGUCAAAGCUGGUUCAUCGUCACAAAGGUACCACACUCACCAAGAUGUUGAUAAGGGAGCCUGCGGGUGGGCUUUAUGGGAAUUCUACUUUGCAGUUUCUCUGUUAGUCUGUUAAAGUAAUAAAGUUUAUUUUAAAAGUCUUCA